AUGGCUGUUCCCUUGUCUCAACUCCCGCCCAAUCUCGAUGAGGUUGACGUAAUCAUCGCCGGAGGCGGCACUGCCGGCUGCGUUGUGGCUAGCAGACUCUCCGACGCGGACCCGAAUCUCUCCAUCCUGGUGAUCGAGGGCGGCCCCAACAACUACCAAAACCCCACCAUCGUCCACCCGCUUCUGUUUAUGGCCAACGUGCUCCCUGGGAGCAAAAAUGCACUCUUCUACCAGGGGCCCGGUCGGUCCAACACCCACGGCUACUCGGGACCCAUUGAAGUCUCCGCCAGCACUUACAAUGUCGAACGCUCCCGCUCCGACUUCCUUCAAGCCGCCGCCCAAAAGGGCUUUCCCGAAGUGACGGAUUUGAUGAACUUUGGCACCUCGGACGCGAUGUACCGAAACCUUAGGUUCAUCAGCCAGGACGGCGUGCGGCAAGACUCAGCGCAUCGCUAUUUGCACCCACGUCUCCGGGAUGGCGAGCAUCCCAACCUGCACGUCCUCGUAGAACACCAAGUGGUCCGCGUGUUAUUCGACGAGAACAAAAAGGCCAACGGUGUAGAGUUUCACCAGAACCCUGCUUCGAUAGCAGACGGGGAUGCUCCACCAGUCACGAAAACCGUCAAAGCCAGGAGACUUGUCAUCGUCUCCAGUGGCGCGCUGGGCUCUCCCUUGAUUCUGGAGAGGUCGGGGGUAGGCGGCCGCGACGCGCUCUCCCGUGCUGGGAUUGAGCCCGUCGUGGACCUUCCCGGCGUUGGAUCGAAUUACAUGGACCAUCAUCUCCUCGUCUACGCCUACCGAUCGAGUCUGAACCCCGACGAGACUGCGGAUGCCCUGAUCGGAGGGCGGAAAGACGUGGCGGAAGCUCUAGCCUCCAACGAUAAGAUCCUCGGCUGGAACGUGGCAGAUACGACGGGGAAGAUUCGGCCGACGGAAAGCGAGGCUGCCGCACUCGGGCCUAAAUUCCAAGCCACCUGGGACAAGGACUUCCGGGACAGCCCAAACAGGCCUAUGAUCAUUCUAACUUCUCUUAAUUGCUACCCUGCCGACCCUGCCGGCAUCGAUCCCAUCCAGUAUAUGUCUUGCUCCACCUUCACCCUGUACCCUUACUCCCGGGGCCACAUUCACAUCACCGGCCCCGGGUCUCCGACCCUCACGACUUCGUUACCGGCUUCUUCGGCGAUCGUGACGGAGUAG